CUGUUGAUCUCGUUGCCAUGGUUACACUUUGAAUCUUGGGAGACGCUGCCAAAAGUUAGCUUACUUUUUUAAAUACAUAUCUAUUCAGCACAGACUGUUUGGUUUAAGAGUAUCUUUAAAUCGUUUUGAAGAAAAGUGAAAGGAGUAGCAGGCGACGCUAUGCGGCAUUUAUUCAGUCGUUAGUUGUCUAGUUUUAGCUAACGGCAGUAGUCGAAAACCGAAUCCAGUUAGCUUCUUACGUCAUAACUAUACGGGGAAAACGCAACAACACAAAAAUGACUUCCUUUGACAAGGCUGGAGAAACACAGCAACGUUUUGUCUUCGGGGACAACAGUGAGGUGAAUUUGCAGAGGAAACACAUCCCGCCUGAGGAUACCGAACCACAGGAGGAGCCCACUUUCACAGAGAUGGUCUGUCUGAGGAGAUCCAACCUCACCUGUGUUCCUGACAGUGUUCUGAAAAGCAGCCUCCUCACGUAUCUGUGUCUGGAAGGAAAUCAGAUUUCCAGCAUUCCCGGAUCAAUGUUCUGCAGCUUGCCCCAGCUGCAGUGGCUGGACCUCAGAAAGAACCUCAUUACAUCCCUUCCAGCUGACAUUGGCUCACACAGGUCUCUGAGACAUCUUCUACUUGAGGCCAAUCCUAUCUCAGAGCUUCCAGCAGAGCUGGGUAAUGUGAUUACAUUGAGAGGCCUGAGCCUGAGGGACUGCCCCAUUCAUUUUCCUCCAAAAGAGGUUUUGCACCAGGGAUGCCGUUCCAUCUUGCAUCACCUGAGGACCGUUCUGGCCCAGAGAGAAGUCACUGAAAGGAAGAGCCUUCCAGCUGAGGAGCAGCUCCAGCUGUCAGAGCUGACAGAGUCCAGCGUGGAGGAGCAGGACGAGUCAGCGGACGAGGAUGGGCUGCAGAAGUUCAGGGAGCUCAAAGACGAGUUGAUCCAGCUGGAAAAGGCAGAGAUGGCGUCAAUGGGGCACAGUGAUCAGAAGUCUCGGCUUCUUCCGGUGGACAAACGGAAAGGUUCUUCUACAAAGAUCGGCAUAAUUCCUGAGCUUCAUCUGCUUGGCUCUCAGUACUGCAGGAGGUCAGGAGAAAGAGAAGAAGCUGCACAGAGCGAGCUGAGAAAGAAACACACUCUGUUGGAGGAGAGAAAAGAGGCUCUUCAAAAGUGCGAUAAACAAGCCAAAACAAGAGGAAGACAAAGAAAGGGUCAGGAAGCAGAUUCAAAAUGUCUUCUAGAGGGCAGCAGGGGACCUUCACAGGAGCAGAUGUUUGGCUUGACCGCAGAGAGGGAAGGGGACAGAUCAAUUCGGGAGCUGGAGAGGCACAUCCGUACUCACGUUAAGAGAAUGCAGGAAAGACACAGGAAUCCCAGGGGCACUAUGACCCAGCAGAGGACAGUGACAGAGGAGGAUUUGAAGGAGUUUAGGAAGUUACAAGCACGACUUCUUGAAAGGAAAACUGUGGGAAGACAUUCUGAAAAUCCUUUCACAAUCUACACUGACGACACCUGGCCGAGUUUUCUGUUCAAGUGACUGAGACCACUUACUCGAUGUUUUAGGAAUUUAAACACACUCAGUGAGAAUUGAAAAGACUCCUCCAUCAUUAAUUACCAUAAUGAUAUCAUCAUUUUAAAAAUAAACAUAUGAAGGAUU